AUCGGGCUCAAUACUAGUGUAACAUAAAUUGUGCUGUUGCUUGCCAUACAGUUAAAGAAUGCUACCAGAACAGCCUUUGAAAUUAGAAGUGAAGCUGUUUUUCUUCAUAGGCUUUGAGUCCUGGUUCUUGAGUCUUGACCACGGAAUCCAUGUAAGAGACUGAGAAAAGACCAAGAAAUUUACUGGUCUUCCAUCAUAAACUUAUUAUUCUCGGUCUUCUACUGAAUGUGCAGUAGCAAAUACGCAAUAAGAACAAUGAGAUUACAGAUUACUACAGUUCCGGGUAUCAGUAGCAUAAAAUAGGCACUCCUUUCGAAGUUCUUCACCUGUUUCUCCAUUUCUGAUCUGAAUACAAAAAAAAAAUACUAAUUGAGAUUGCCAUGGAGAAGAACCUGAAGCUUUGGCUAAAAUUUUAUGUUCUUGCAUUGUUGUUGUUGUUGCAUUCUGGCAGCACAGAAGGACAACAGGCUUAUCUGAAUAAUGAUCAGUUGGAGUGCGCUGACAAAAGCAAGGACAACAAUGUCACCAGAGGCUUUUUAUGCAAUGGCGUGCAAAAAUCAUGCAAAUCCUAUAUCACCUUCCGGGCAGAGGCUCCCCACACUUCAGCCGUCACAAUAGCCUAUCUCCUGGGAGCUCAACCUGAUCUCAUUUCCUCCCUUAGACUCAACAACCUCUCGUCCGAUGUAUCAUCAGUUCCUGCUAAUUCCCUGGUCUUUGUUCCACUUAAUUGCUCCUGUGCUGGCAGCUACUACCAACACAACAUUACCUACACCAUCAAGGACGACACUGAGACUUAUUUCACCAUUGCCAAUGAUACGUAUCAGGGUCUCACGACUUGCCAGGCUAUGAAGGCUCAAAACUCCAUAGGUAUCUUGGAUCUGAAAGUGUGUGAUAAACUCCUAGUUCCCCUUAGAUGUGCUUGUCCAACACUAGACCAAACCAAAGCUGGUGCCAAGUUCUUGCUCACCUACAUAGCCUACUGGGGGGAUUUCAUUUCUUCAAUUGCUGAAUCUUUUGGUGUUGAUGAGCAAAGCGUAUUGGAUGCCAACAAGCUCACAGAGGAUUUGAUUUUUCCAUUCACUCCCGUUUUGGUUCCACUUGCCGCAGAGCCCACCAUGAUUUUAGCACCCCAAGCUUCCCCGUCUCCGCCAUCACCUUCUCACAUAACUAGUGCUCCUAUUAGAAAAUCCAAAUCUUCCUACAAGUGGGUGUUUGUAGGUAUUGGCAUUGCAGCUGGUUUGAUUCUCCUGUUUGGCCUCUCCGGGCUUUUGUUUUUCUUCUACAGACGCCCUUCUCAAAAGGCUGAGCAAGAGGCAGCAACACCAUCUGAACCAAAACCACUCUCGGACUCUAUAGACUAUUCUGACGAUUCCUGGUUUGUAUCUAUCCACGAGGGUAGGUAUGCAGUUGAAUCCUUAACCUCCUACAAGUUCAAGGACUUGGAAGCUGCCACUGGAAAUUUCAGUGAGUCUAACAUAAUCAAAGGUUCUGUUUACCGGGGCCAAUUCCAAGGUGAUUAUGCUGCAAUUAAGGUGAUGAAAGGGGAUGUUUCGGCAGCGAUGAAUUUAUUGAAGAAGAUCAAUCACAACAACAUCAUCAGGCUUUCGGGUUUCUGUGUACACGGAGGCAACACUUAUCUUGUCUAUGAGCAUGUAGAGAAAGGUUCUCUAGAUGAUUUGCUUCAAUCUAGCAAGGGCCAAACUUCAUUUACUCUUUCUUGGAAGCAAAGAGUUCAGAUUGCAUACGAUGUUGCAGAUGCACUCAAUUACCUCCAUAACUAUAUGAAUCCUCCAUAUAUGCACAAGAACUUGAACACCAGUAACAUACUCCUGGAUGGCAACUUCAGAGCCAAGCUUGCCAACAUUGGGUUUGCAAGAACAGUGGAAAAUGAUGGCGAUCUGCAAUUGACAAGACAUGUGGUUGGGACACUUGGUUAUAUGGCUCCAGAGUACAUUGAGAGUGGGGUGAUCACGCCUAAACUUGAUGUUUUUGCAUUCGGGGUUGUCCUGUUGGAGCUUUUAUCAGGAAGGAAAGCUGCUGAAAAGAAUGCUGAAGGAGAGGAAUUGCUAUCAGCAUCUAUUAAAGGGGUGCUAGAAGGGGUUGACCUGAGAGAAAAGCUUCAAAACUUCAUUGAUCAUGCUCUCGGGGCGGAAUAUCCCCUGCAUUUGGCUUUCUCCAUGGCCCAACUGGCUAGAAACUGUGUUGCUUAUGAUCUCAAUGCUCGUCCUUCCAUGGCUGAAGUUUUAAUCGCUGCCACAAAGAUUUUCUCUUCUUCAUUGGACUGGUGUCCAUCCAGUGAGUUUCAGUCUCAAAGCAGUUCAAGCCGGCUGCCUACUAGGAUUAUAGGAUGCUAAUUGAUACAGGAUUCAAUAUGGUAUUUUAACAGAUAUAUACUAAAUAGAUUGUAAGAUACUACUCUACUUGUUUUAAUGGUGGCUAUAUAAUAAGAAGAAUGUCAGUGACAGUCUGACAGAGGCUUUUUCGCUAAUUCUCUCACACAGCAAGACAAGUUUUUCUGCUCUUAUCAAAAUUUUCUGCAAUCUCAUUACCCUGUAGAUAAAAGUUGCAAAAAGAAUGGUUGAAAAUGAGAUCCUAUAUAUAUACUCACACUGACACAGUCGAGUUUUGAAGCUAAAUUGUUUUUAAC